GAGGAGGAGGGUGCCCCGCCUCUUACGGAAGUGGAUGGUGGAUUGGGAGAGGGAGAAAAGGUUCUCUAGUGGCAGAGGGGCGCUAACUGGAAGAAGGAAGUGGCGUACGGAAGGUGCCGGCCCGAUUCCGGUUCCGGUUCCGGUGCGGUUGCGCGCGCAGGCGGGGAUGAAGCUGCUGACCCACAACUUGCUGAGCUCCCACGUGCGUGGGGUGGGGCCCCGGGGCUUCCCACUGCGCAUCCAGGCCACCGAGGUUCGCGUGAGCCCCGUGGACUUCAACCCGGACUUCGUAACGCGCAUGAUCCCCAAGAUGGAGUGGACAGCGCUGGUGGAAGCGGCCGAGAGCCUGGGCCACCUGUCGGAGCUGCCCCGGGAGCUGGCCGAGGGCUACGAGAAGGACGAAGAGUUCCUGCGGAAGGUCCACCACGUCCUGCUGGAGGUGGAGGUAGUGGAAGGCACUCUGCAGUGUCCGGAGUCCGGCCGCCUGUUCCCCAUCAGCCGAGGGAUCCCCAACAUGCUGCUGAGUGACGAAGAGGCUGCGUCCUAGGCCGCAGCCGCCCUCCCUCCCCUUGUCCUUUGGAUCCCAGACCACACAGAGCCUGGGGGAUGGGAUGAUUGCUGUUAUAUUUUUUUUUCCUCAUUAAAGGUUCAAAACUGAA